AUGGGUAAAAUAAUUUUAGAGUAUUUUGAUGGAGAUCGAAUUUAUGUCUGCUCAAAAUGCCAUAUACAUAUUUCAAAUUACAAGAGUAGAAUAUCGAAGAAUUUUAGGGGCGGAUUUGGACAAGCAUUUUUAUUUGAGAAAGGUAUCAAUUAUCAUGUUGGGCAAUCUGAAGUUAAGGAUUUGAUGACUGGAAAGCACACAGUAUAAGAUGUGAUUUGUAAUGGUUGUAAUAAAGUGAUUGGAUGGAAAUAUAUUAAAGCAUAUCGAGAGUCGGAGAAAUACAAAGAGGGGAAGAUAAUAAUAGAAAGACAUUUCAUAAGAAGAAUUAAAUGGAACUGA